AUGGAGCUGCCGAGAGGUGUAAAGACUGUCUUUCUGGUAGUGUUGUGUUUAGGCGAUGGUACAGGUGGGUACAUCCCUACGGUGGUGGCAACGUGCGAGUCCAACACGAGGUGCAGCACGGAGCAGGCCGACUGCAUUGCAAAAGAAGACUCGGACUGCCACCCACCCGCCGACUUCACGUGCCACGGCGUCGGGUUCUUCCCUGACCCCUACGACUGCCAGAGGUUUCACGUCUGCACUGAAGUCAACGCAGAUUCUGAAUCUUUUUCGUGCUCUGGUGCUACGGCGUACAAUCCUCUGACAGCAGACUGCAGCCUGACGAAAUCCGACAGAGUGUGCACGGAAGGCCCCAUUGUGCCUUGCUCUCAGCCGGGGCAGAUUGGUAUUGUUCCAGAGAACCCCGCUAUCUACUACAUCUGCAUGAAGCAGGAAGACGAAAUCGUCCCGGAAAUGUACAGAUGUCCUGGCAACCAGAUUUUUGACACCGCCGUUGCUGCGUAA